AUGGAUAAAUCUUGGAUUAACAAACCUCGUUUGUCUCAAGAGUAUAUCAAUGGGGUUGAAGGAUUCUUAGAAUUUGCAUUUUUCAACACUGAUGCUACAAUGCUAAAAUGUCCUUGUUGUCGAUGUUCUUUAGUUAAGAACAGAUACAGAGAGGAUAUUAGAGGAGAUUUGAUGUAUUAUGGGUUUCUGCCUAGUUAUAAAAACUGGCACUUUCACGGUGAACAGUUAAUAGGAAAUUCUACAUCCGUAGAAUUUCAAGUGAUACCAUCGAACGAAGAAGAAGCUGCAGGUCAGUCAAGUCAUUCUGAUGAAAGAGGAGCGUUUGAAGCAUUACUAGCAGAGGCUAAUGAAGAACUUUACGAGGGAUGCACUUCAUUCUCAAAGUUAUCUUUUAUGCUGAAGCUAUAUCACAUCAAGAGUAUAACCAAGAUUAGUGAUAAGGGUUUAUCAAUGAUAAUUGAUCUACUAAGGGAAGCGUUUCAACAUGCCAAGCUGCCUGCUUCACUUCAUGAUUUAAAGAAGACCAUUCAUAAACUUGGACUAGAUUAUGAGCGUAUUCAUGCUUGUCCAAAUGAUUGUAUGCUGUUUUGGGGAGAAGAUUCAGAGCGAGAAGUGUGCAAGAUUUGUAACAUAUCAAGAUGGAAAGGUAAAAGCACAGAAGCAGAAGGAGAGAACGAGGAAGUGUCGGGAAAGAAAAGAAAGAAGAAAAGACAAGCUGCUAAGGUCUUGCGUUACUUUCCACUAAAGCCACGACUUCAAAGAUUGUAUAUGUCAUCCAAGAGUGCAGAAAAUUCCAGAAAUGUAAGGCUUGGGUUAGCUACUGAUGGAUUCAAUCCUUUUGGGGCUAUGAGUACAAGUUAUAGUAUAUGGCCAGUUCUUUUGUUUCCAUACAAUCUCCCUCCAUGGAUAGCAAUGAAGCAGUCUUCAACAAUAUUGUCAAUGAUUAUUCCAGGAAAACAAAUGCCUGGGAAUGAUAUUGACGUUUACUUGCAGCCUUUGAUCAAAGAACUGAAAGAGUAUGGGAUGAUGGUGUUCAAGCAUUUGAUGCUUCAACAAAGGAGAUGUUCUGUUUGCGUGCAGCUUUGA